UGCUAAUCACUUCCUUCGGUCAGAGGACAACAAAAUGGCCGCCGCGUUAUGUCGAUAACGUUCCUGUCAGUCUCAAUGUUACGACGUUUAAUUUAACGGCUUUCGUUUUGAGUAACCGUUACAUUUACCGUUUGAGAACCCGCACCUGUUACCACAUUUCGACGCCGUCAUGUUCCAGGUUAUCGGCGGAAAGAGCGUCCAGGUGACGACGGCGGCGGCGGCUCGGCUCCUUGCACCCAGGAGCUCCGUGCUCGUGGAGGCCGUACGCGGCCGAAAGUCCCGUACCGACCCGAAGGCCAAGUCCAAAGAGGGUCGGAUCAAAGUGCCUCCCCCCGUCGACCCGGUGGAGAUGGUGGUGCUCAAGGAGAGAUACACGGAGUACCAGCUAAUCAUGAGGGCGCUCCGUCUGGAGUUUAAGGAGGAGGUGCUGCGAAAAAAGUACGAGGAAGAGACGGGCUCCCAGGCAGAGGAGAGGGCGAGGCAGGAGGCAGAGGAGCAUCGUGCCCUCAUGGCCUGGAACGACCAGGAGAACCUCCGCCUGCUCAAAAUCAGAAUGAUGAGGAUCCAGAGGGAAGAGGAGGAAGCUGAGCGCAAGAAGAUAGAAGCUGUUCUUAAGCGUGAACAAGAACACCAAGAAUUCAUCAAAGAAAAAGAGAAGGAAAUUUUGCAGCUCCAGGAGGAUGCAAAGCACUUCAUCACUAUGGAGAACUUGGAUCAGCGAAUCGAAGAAGCUCUGGACAAUCCUAUGAAUUACAACUUUGCCAUUGACAAAGAAGGCAGAGUUGUUAAACAGACAGUGCUGAAGUGAACCGGCAGACCAACCUGUGUGUUUCUGUCUCAGAAGAAAAGGAAAAACAGACUCGUUUUGACCCUGGAAGUGGAUUUUUCUUCAAACAUGAACACUGAGGAACGUUCAGGGUGGGAAGGCUGUUGCACCUCAAAAUCAUUCAUCGACCACGCUGCGUUUAUUUGUCAUGUCUGCUUUAUGUUCCUCAUUUGUCACCACAACAUGUUGUUUUCUUGAUUCUUCAUCAUUACUGUCUGCUCAUGAUGUGUAAUGUAUAUACAGUAAAUUAAUGUUUGUUGGAGUUUCCACCCAA